GCCUCUGCUCCGCACCCGGCUUCCCUUGUCCUGCAGCGCGAGGCAGAGGCUGCGGCUGUCGCUGCCACCACCACCAUCACCUCACGCGACUCAGCUGCUGCACCCACCAGCUCGCUCUCCGCCUCGCUGCCUGCCUCCACGCACGCGUCAUUGCUCGCCGCGCCCUUGCGCUCGGCCACGCUCGGCCCUCGUCACGCCAGCCUGGGCCAUGCGCCCCGCUGCCCGCUGUGCUGCGUCUUCGUGAUCCCGCCGCAUCGCAACCGACACUCUUACUUCCCGCUCUCUGCGUCUGACUGCCCGCCAUGAAGUUUGGCAAGUCGUACAUGGAGACGCUCGCCAGCCCCUCCUUCCCCGAGGAGUGGCGGCAGGGCGCCAUCGAGUACAAGCAUCUCAAGAAGCUCAUCAAUGGCGUCGUCGCCGAGCUCGAGUCGCUCGGCCUGGGCGCAGACGUGCUGCGCGACCUCAUGCUCCCGCCCGAGGGCGCAGACGGCGAUGACGAGGACGAGGAGUCGGCGGGCCGCCGCCGGCCAGCCGCGCCUGCGUCUGGCACCCGCCAUGCGCCUGGCUCGGGACACCGCCGUGACUCUUCGGGCUCGCGCGAGCGCUCGCAGAGCAGCGAAGACUCGAGCGCAGACGAGGGCGCGGCGCCGGCGGGCAAGGGCAAGCUGCGCAGCGGCAGCAGCGUGCUGAGCCCACUCAUCGAGGGCACGGCGUAUGCCAAGCGCGCGGAGAGCAAGCCGACGGUUGUGCCGCGUGACCAUCUUGAGCUGCCCGGCAGCGCGUACGAUGAAGCCGUCGACUCUGAGGACAGUGCCUCGCAUGCGCUCAGCUCAUCGCCUGCCGCCGAGUGGCUCUCAAGUAUGGUGCCGCCGUCGCGCGCCCGGCGCCACAGCUCGGCACUCAGCCGCGGCAGCCGCCUGCGCGCUUCUGGCAGCUCCUCCAGCGAGAGUCAGCGAGCAGACGGCUCAGACUCUCGCGACGUAUCUGUCGACUCCGAGUCGGCCGUUGACGCGGAUGAUGAUGCGCCGGUGGAAGUGCUCCGCCCGCGCUUCAAGCCGGCGCCCGGCGCGCGCAGACCGUCCUCAGCUCGGCCAUCGAGCUCGCAAAGCAGCGCUGGCGCCAGCGCAGACGAUGAAGCGGCCGAGCGGCCCUGGCACGGCCUGGGCAAGAAGGACCUCGCCGCUCUGCGCACCGGCCGGCCCAGCGACGUGGGCGGCGCCACGGGCCUUGCGCCGAGAAAGAUGGGACCUACAGAGCGUCGAGCGUCGUCAGGGGCCGCGGGCGAUGACGAACGGCACGACUGGGGCGGCCAGGCAUGGCGCGAGCGUGCGGGCAUUGACCUGUGGAAGCAGGCGGGCGAGAAGUCUGCGCCGCCGCGCAAGACGAGCCCGCCACCAACGGCCAGCAGUCCCGCCGGCGGUAUGGGCGGCCGUUGGGUGAAGGGCAAGGAUGGGCGACGAGCGCGCGCAGAGUACGAGCUUGGCGGUACUCCGGAGCACCCGAUCCCCCGCAUCCGACUGUUCGUCGAGUCGCCCGUCAACUCCGACGAGGAGGAUGGCGGGGCAGCAGACGACAGCGACGCAGACGAUGAGGACGAGGCUCGCAUCACCGACCUGCCCGACAGCCCGCGCUCGGUCGCAGACACAAUCCGGCCUGCGCCUGCCGCUCUCUCGCUGCCGGACCCGGGCUUGCCCUUGCCGCCGCAGGACGCAGCAGACGCGGCCGCCGAGGCUGCAGCCUCCUCGCCCGCAGAUGUGGUCGACUCUGGCGAUGCAGGCGUGCACAAGCGGCGCAUGCGGCAUCGCGAGAUUGUCAUUCCGCUCACGGCCGACUCGGAGUUCCUCGACACGCUCACCAAUGCACUGGCGAACUUGUCGAGCCUGCAGACGCAGCAGCGCGACAAUUUCGUCAAGCAGACCAACUCACUCUGCAGCACCGUGGCGCGCGUGGCCAGCCCGUAUGCUUCCAAGAGCGACCUCUACGUAUGGCGCGAGAUCUUCAGCCUCUACGUGGAGAUGCAGAUCUUCGAGAGCCAGCGCGAGAAGGAUCGCGGCGAGCUGAGCGUCGACGAGAGCGAGGCGCGCCUCAAGCGCUUCGCCGAAGAGCUGGCCAAGCGCGGCUGGGCUGUCGAUGCUGCGCCGCCGAGCGCGCCGCAGAAGAAGGGCCUCGCCAAACGCAUGGGCCUGCGCAAGGGCGAGAAGAGCAGUGCCUCGAGCGGCGGCGACCUGCCGCUCAAGGACGCGCGCUCCGUCACGGCGCUCGAGGACUUCCUGCGCCUGAAUCUGGCGCUGCUCGACGUCAAGAAGUUUCAGCGCGUCAACGUCGAGGCGGCGCGCAAGAUUCUCAAGAAGCAUGACAAACGCACGGCGCUCACGGCCAGCUCGGACCUGCGCACUUUCAUGGCGCAGCAGGAGGCUGCUCGAGCGCGCGCUAUGGUGGCCGGUGUGGGUCUCUCGGGCCUGGUGGACGUCUCGCCCGAGGCGUUCGGCGGCAGUGCCGGUGGCGCACUGGUGCCGACACAUCCCUCGCUCGCGGCGCUGCUGCCGUCGAGCACGACAGGCCUGCUCUCGGAGAGUCUGCCGCACAUUCUGCUCUCGCUGCUCACCUCGACACUGCUGCCCAUUCUGCCAAGCAUCGACGACUACUCAUGUGCCAUCUGCACGGGUGUAGCAUGGCGGCCCAUCCGCCUCGACUGUUCCCACCUCUUCUGCAUCCGCUGCCUCGUCAAGCUGCAGAAGAAGGGCAAGGUCGACUGCCCGCUGUGCCGCUCCAAGGGCGUCGUGGGCACUGCCGAUGGCCGCAACGUCGACGAGGCGGCGACAAACUUCAUGAAGGCCUGGUUUCCGCGCGAAGUUGCGGAGAAGGACAAGGAGAACGAGAGCGACCGCCGCAAGGAAGAGAUGUUCGAGCUCGGAGUCCGAGUCACCGACGCCGAUGCCGAGAAGUGCAUCAUCUGCUGAACGGCUCGCUCACCGCUUCUUCCACCUCGGCCCUUUGUCACGACAAGUCAUCUGUUUCGUCCCAUUAUCUGCUCCUUCCCCAGGAUUGUGCCUGUACCGUCACCCUACCGCCUGCAACCGUCGGAGUUGGGCCGUGCGAGACGGGCGCAGCUUCCCCG